GUGAAGUUUUGUAUUUAUUUAAAUAAAAAUGUCCUUCAGAAAUUAUAGUGAUUUGGGGUACAGACCGCGGAGCAGUGCCAGUGUAAGCGGAAUAACGAGAAAUCCAACGAGCUCUAGUGGUAGUUCUAGCAGUUUAGGUGGUUAUCGGAGCAGCUACUCAACGAGUCUCGGAUCCGCUCGAGCAUCUCUAGCUUCUUCAAAAGACAGAACAAUUACCCCGUCUUCGGGAUACAGAAGUACUGGAUUAUUGAAACGGACUGAAGAUAAAUCCUAUAAGCUCCCAAAUAAAAGCGAAAAAAGCCUCGGAACAACGCUGCUGGAAAAGUAUUCUUAUCCUGUAACAAAAACGAGCCCGCGUAUAUCAUCAGUGCUGGAGAAAUACGGAGAGCGUGUCGGUGACAAGACCCGAGAAUCAGAGACACCGUCAAGGUAUGUGAACAGCUCGUAUCGCGGAUCUGGAUCGCGUGAAAACGAGCAAGACAAAAGUGGAGAAAAAAUAAAAGGGAAUGAUAAUUCGGGUGCUUCCUCUUUGAGACCCUCCUCUUCAAAUGCCUCUCACUAUUCUAACACCAAUUCAAACCGGGGUAAUGCUGCAACUUUGCCGAGAAGUUUCGCCUCAACUUCUACAAGAGAACCCAGUCCCGAAAUUACUGGGACAAAGCCGACCUCCUUCAAAGUUCACGCCAGAAUUUCCAAUUAUGGACAGACUGGAACUGCAUCUGAAACACCAAUAGCUAGCAAGUUUACCAACUCCUCGAGGCAAGGAUCUUCCUCAGCGAGUCACAAUGGAGAGAGAGCCGAAAUACCUAUAGGCCAGCCCCAUCCUCCCAGCUCGACAACAACAACAGUAACAGCAACAACUACCACUACUACUUCAGCAUCAACUCCGCCUGCAUCCGCUGACAGACUGUUGUCUUCAUUAUCCUCUAUGAAAACAGUUUCUUCAGUGUUAAAUCCCGACGGGGAAUACGAUAGCAACAAAUCCACACCUACACCCACUGAAUCGGCAAACAUCUCUCCGUCAAACUCACUUGGAAAAAGUGUAAUUGAAGCCUCAGAUAAAGAUAACCAUAAGGUUCAAGUUAAAGACAAAGAAGAAGACAAUGAAGAUAAAGAUAAAGACGGGCAGCCGAGAAACAAAGCAAAAACAAAUGUACCCUUCAGCACCGAAGAUCCUGUCAAGCUAGUAACUAUCACCGUCGUCUCGCGUGGAACAUCUCCAGGUCCCCCAGGACCUGCCACAGCGUUUAUUCGAUCGAGAAGAGUCGACAUAGCUCGCACCAUCCAAAAAGAUAUCACUCGUGUUAUUAAAAACCCAGAAGAAUUCAAAGACGCCGGGAUUCAGAGCGACCGUAUGGAUGACACCGCCAGAUAUUCGCGGUACGCCAUCCGGUCCUCACCUUGGUCUGCCUCCUCACCCUCCUCCUCGUACCUCGAAAAAUUUUCAUCUUCAGGUUCUUUUUCGAGGACUUACGACUCCAGAGUCAGCAAUUUCGGGUACAGACCGGCUGUUACAGAACCCUCUUCUUCAGCUAUUUCUUCAGCUUCCACUCCGCCUCCACCUUUUUCUUCUACAUCGAUAACUAGACACAACGAAGCUCAUUUUAAAACUGCAAGUGUUAAACCCGAGGACACAAAAGAACCCCCGUGUCCUGCCACGCAAGACUGCAAUUUAUCACCCGAACUAGAGACCGAAAAGACGUCUCCGGAGAAAGAAGUUAAGCGGGAUAAUUCUGUUACCUCGGGUUCAUCAUCUGCUUCGUCAUCCCGACGCACGUCGCUAUCAAGGCAAGAUGUCACACCCAAGUCUCUGUCCAGGAAUGGCUCUACGAAGAGCUUUAAGCAUCAACAACAACAACAACAACAACGUCAAAUAACACCGGGAAGAACUGACUCUUCGGACAGCGCGACUGUCAGUUUGCCAACUGGCAAGUCCAAGUCCACGUCAGCCAGCUCGCUGACGAGUCAUAAUGCAAAAAUAAGAGCUCCCUCUCAGUCUCUCAAAACUUCAUCCGAGGUGGUCACCUCGUCAUCCGCGACUACACCUUCUAAUUCGCGCAGUGGAUCCGCUACCGCACGUGGCAAGCCUCCCGUUCCUGGGAAAACUACUAGUGACAGUUCUGGGAGCAUGAAGAACUCUGGUUCUAGUUCUACCAAGUAUGUCAACAAAGACUUUAGAAAAUCCGCGCUCAAUAUGCCGGAUGCAAGUGACUCUAGUUCGAGAAAUAAAUUAAAUCGCAAGAGAACUAAAAGCUCGCGCAGUGGCUCUGUCAGUUCUCAGGAGGACGUUAAGAGUAAUAAUAGCUUCUCUACUAGUAAUAGUAAUAAUGGAAACGAAACAAGUGGUAAGAGUCAUAUACCUCGUAUAAAUGGCUUAAAAAACGGCUCUAGCUCCUGUCUUGUUAUUUAUAAUAAACUAAGAAGCAACUCAGAAUCUCCAAGAAGAAAAGCUAGCGUAUCUUCGGAGCGAACUAGCUUGCCAAGUGACUCUUGCUCAAGUUCUUCUUCUUCAUCCUCCUCUUCUUCUUCGUCAUCUUCCGAGAGCAAUGAUGAAGAUCAACCGAAGAGCAAUCGAAGAAAACGCAGGAGCAAAAAUUCGACGAGUUCAAUGGGGAAAAAAAUAGGAAGCAAGGCUCUUGCUGUCAGUGCGAGUUCCUCGAGGACCAGUGUCUUAGCGCUGUCUACCGACGAAUUGUCUCUAGGAAUGGACAAACCAAGAGCUGGCUCCUCGUGUGGAAGUUUCAAGAGUGAGAAAUUGAAAACUGACGAGGCUAAGGCUUUUCUUAUACGGACUUUGACGCCUGUUGCUAAUAUUUAUAAGGAGGAAGACACCAGGUCCGAUAGUUGGGGGAAAAAAGAACCACGGAGAGGAUCGAUAAGGUCCGUGUCGAAUUCUGGAAGCCAGAAUUUUAAUGCGAAUAACGGAUUAAGUUUAUCUGAGAAUAAUAAUAAUGUUAAUAUUGUUAGUAAUGAUAGUAAUAAUAAUAAUGAUAAUAAUAAUAAUAGUUGUGGUGGAAGAGAAAAUGAGACAUUGAAAAGACAAUAUUCUGGGGAAAAAGCUUGGUGGAUGGACGCUAACUCAGACAAUGUACCUGAGGGGAUAGAGCGUGUUAGUGUCUGUCAAGAUGAAAUAAGUCAAGAGACAACUGUCAGCACUAAUUUGCCUGAUGAUGGUAAAUACAAAGUAUGGAAAGACUCAGUGCAAGAAGACAGUUGGUGGAUAAACCAAGAGGAGCUGCCCAUGAAGAAAGAAUCGAGCUCGUCGUCGAGAAAAACAAGCAAAAAAUCAAGCAGCGCUACCGAGCGGAAAAACCGUCUGAAGCAUCAGCAAUCCGGAGAACGUGCUUGGUGGAUGAGCGAGGACCCCAGUGAAGUACCCGAAGGCAUUGAAGUUUACCCGAGUGGCAGUACGUCCCCGCAAAACGUGAGCCAAGGACAAAACUCGGUCCCGGGAAGCGAGACUGUUUCGCUGAGUGUCAAUAGAAUAAGACACAUUGAGUCGGGAGAACGCGCCUGGUGGAUGGACAGUAACUCAAAUAUUCCCGAGGGUGUACAGAAAAUAAGUAUCGAGAACGAGUCCAAUAGCAAUUCGGACGACUUGUCCGGGUCGUAUGAGAAACUUGAAAUAUAUCCCGGCAGAUCGAUUGUCGGGGGUGAUGGUUGCACUUCUGUGGGACGUACUGGACACCAAGGACAUACUGAGUCGGAGAUGGGUAUUGAAUUUACGACGUCAAUGUUAGAGGAUUUGCCUCUCGGCGAUCGUAUAAGUCCAGAAGGGGUUGAAAAUCCAUCAACGUUAGAAUGCUACCGGACACCGAGUUACGACAAGAUCCAGCCCAUAAACAUACAUCAUAAUCAUGUGCGUCGCAAAUCAUCGCCGCGCAAGCGGCCAUCGACGUUGCCUUUGUUCAUCGGCGGAGUUACCAAUAUCGAUGACAUUCUGGGUGAACCAGCUGCUUACAACACUUCCGUAAUAUCACGCGUAUACAAACAGGAAGCAGUGAAUGUUGGAGAAACUUCGGAUGGGAGCUCGGAAUGUGAAGAGAUAGAUGUGGCUGAAGUUAUAAUCCACGACAGCACGCCGAAAACUCCGGUUAUUCAACGACGAGUAAGAGAUAAAGAGAGACCACAGCCAGACGGUUACAUCCCGUUGGACGAUACAGCAUUACAACUUUACAAAGAUGGAGACUACGGAGCUUACCUCGAUCUGGAAGCGUCUAUUAGCGAGCAACAAGAAGAGUUCGAAGGCUUUCAGACAAACCGGAAAAAUUCAAUCGUCCUCCGAACGCAGCUAUCAGUUCGCGUGCAUACGAUAAUCGAGAAAUUGCUGAACAGCGAAGGCCGUGAACUAAGACGUGCACUCUUCUCUCUCAAGCAGAUCUUUCAGGAGGAUAAAGAUCUAGUGCACGAGUUUGUGCAAAAUGACGGGCUGGCAUGUCUCAUCAAGGUCGGGAAUGAAGCGGACCAGAAUUACCAGAAUUACAUACUCAGAGCUUUGGGUCAAGUGAUGCUCUACGUAGACGGAAUGAACGGGGUGAUGGAGCAUGGUCAAACAGUACAAUGGCUGUACACUCUAAUAGCGAGCAGAUUUCGCCUGGUGGUGAAGACAGCGCUCAAACUGCUCCUCGUCUUUGUGGAGUACGUCGAAACCAAUAGCCUGCUAUUAGUGAGGGCUGUCAGAUCAGUAGACACCUCGCGUGGCAUGAUCCCCUGGACCAACGUUAUGAAGCUUCUCAAGGAUUACGACGCAGCGGACACUGAGCUACUCAUUUACGCGACGACACUCGUCAACAAGUGCCUGAAUGGGAUUCCGGACCAAGAUACUUACUACGACCAGGUCGACUGUCUAGAAGAGCAGGGGAUCGAGGGCAUUAUCCAGCGCUAUAUGUCCAAGCAGGGCACCGAUCUCGAUCUCCUCAGGCAGUUUCAAAUUUACGAGGCCGUUUUGCACCACGAGGACGGCAAUGACCGCGGCUCGCCCAUCCGACAGCUCGACGAUAAUAUCAGGAAAACAUUACGAAGCAGAAAAUCACUAGUGGAUUCACAUGAGCGACGUAAAUCACGACGACAUUCAACAGGAACUUCACCACUCUCGAUGUCUCUAAAUUCGCGUUUAAGUCCCCGCUUAAAUCACUCGCUGGGGCUGAAUUCACUGAACGGAACAUUUAAUUCCGGCAUACCGACGCCGGUUGACGACGACGACGAAUCGAGCAGUUCCCAGAGUUCACAGGGUCUCGAUGUCCAGCUUAACGGUAGUUACAAAGAAAAUAAAGACGACGCGGGAGUAACACCGGCACUUAGACGGCGACGUGAGCGUGCCGAAAGGCAGAGGAGUUUCAUCCGAGAACAACAGGAAGCGACAGCUAAUAUGAGGGCGUCAAUCGGAAAUUUGGACGGCAGCGAAGCGCCCGCGUACGUAUCGAAUGGGCUAAGAUACACGAACGGGUCUUCAGCUUACGACCGGAACAGCGAUUCCCCCAGCAAUAAAGUACCCCGAGCAAACAGCCGCAAGGAUCUUACACCCUUGAUGAACGCCGCUAACAAGCUUGAUUCCGAGGAAAAGAAACCACCGGCCCAAUCGCCUUCUCCGGUAGUUUGGUACGGGAAAAACCCGGAUGAAACUACCGGUGGUAUCGAAUGCAAUGAGCUGCUCAAUCACACCACCAAUGAGGACGAGGAUCGCCGGGUUCUUGUACAAAUUAAACGCGAGGGUACUGUUAAAGAUCUAACACAAAAGCUCGCUGCACAGAAUUUAAUACCCAGCAGUCCUGUCGAGGAUAAAGUGUCUAGAAUAGGAGAUAUGAGCGGAUUAAUAUCGAAAGCAAAAGAAGGCCUCGCAAAAUCAAAAUCAAAGGCCGACAUCGUAAAAUCACCAACGGGUGACAGCUUGCCAAAAAUAAACGAAGUCAAAAAAUCCGAAAAUGAGUUGCAUUGGGAAGAAUUAGUAAACCAGAUGAAGCGACCCUUGAGGUUGUGCGAUCUCGACUUCACCGAUCUGAACUCCGAUGACGAAAUCGACGUGUUGGGUCCAGUUAGCGUCGCGAACGGUGUUCCUCCACCCCCGCCGCCCAUGGCCUCCAAUAACUCAAAUGGGAUCGGACGUGCUCCCCCGCCUCCACCACCCGCUAACAACGCGGGAAAAUUUCCACCGCCAUUCCCCAAUGGACCGCCACCGCUCUUUGGAGUUAACCUUAAAUCCAACAGAUCUCUCUCAGCCAACCCCAUGGACUCUAACAGCAACUCAAACAACUCCACUGGUGGUGGUGUUACCAAUAAUUCGAGUGGCAUUAAAACACACCCUCAGACAGCCAUCGCCAAGAAGAAUAAAAAGACCGUGAAACUUUUCUGGAAGGAAGUUAGGGAUGAUCCUAUCAUUUUGUCACGUCUUGAUAAAAAUAUCAUGAUAUGGGACGAGUUGAUUCCUGUUGCUAUUGACACUCAGAAACUUGAGCAUCUCUUUGAAAGCCGAGCCAAAGAUCUCAUUACAAAGAAACAACAGGAGAUGAACAAAAACAAGGAGAUCAUUGUGCUCGAUCACAAAAGAUCAAACGCUAUCAAUAUUGGCAUGACCAAAUUACCCCCUCCGCGAUCAAUCAAGACGGCCAUUCUCAAGAUGGACGCUACUAUUAUGAAUCGAGAGGGCAUUGAGAAACUUCUGACGAUGCUACCAACCGAAGAGGAAAGAUCGAGAAUCCAAGAAGCGCAGGCCGCCAGUCCGGAUCUGCCUCUCGGUUCAGCAGAACAGUUUCUACUUACUCUUGCUUCCAUAUCUGAGUUACCGGCAAGAUUGAAGCUCUGGGCUUUCAAACUCGACUUUGAGAACUCUGAGAAGGAAAUAGCAGACCCGUUGAUGGAUCUUAAGCAAGGUAUGGAGACGUUGCGGAUGAAUAAAACGUUCCGUGGUAUUCUGAGCACACUGCUAUCAAUCGGGAUAUUCUUGAACGGAAAUGAGGUGAAGGGCUUUCAGCUGGAAUAUCUCACCAAAGUACCUGAAGUCAAGGACACCGUACACAAGCAUUCUUUGCUCCAUCACCUUUGUCAUAUGGUGAUGGAGAAGUUCCCGGACUCAACGGAUCUUUACUCUGAAAUCGGAGCUGUAACCCGAGCGUCGAAGAUUGAUUUUGACGAGUUGGCGUUAAAUAUCAGCAAGCUUGAGAGCGAAUGCAAAGCCUCUUGGGACCAUCUGAAACUUAUUGCCAAGCACGACGGCUCAACAAUGAUGAAAGUAAAAAUGUCAGACUUUUUAGCCGAUUGUGCGGAAAGAAUUAUAGUACUGAGUAUCGUUCAUCGGCGAAUAAUCAAUAGGUUUCACAAAUUUAUUCUCUGGCUUGGUAUUCCCUUGCAUCGUGUUCAAGACACAAAGCCCAAUGAAUUCUGCAGAAUUGUAUCUGAAUUCGCGCUGGAAUACAGAACGACUCGCGAACGUGUUAUACAACAGCUGGAGAAGAAAGCGAAUCAUCGUGAGAGGAAUAAGACGCGGGGAAAAAUGAUAACUGAGGUGGGUAAAUUCCGUACGAAAGAAGAUCGAGCUGACGCAGAACUUAGACAACUUCUUGGCAGUGAUAUUUCUGACGUUGAAAGUAUACACGGUACUUUACCUUGGAGAAGACAACGAAAGGAGGGACGAACUUUGCUGGGCCCUAUUCUGAGGGAUGAGACGACCAACGGAAACGUCACAGACGGCGAUGACGAGCUCCUGGAGUCACUAGUGAAGACUGCGACCAAGUGUCCAUCCACCAGGACAACUCCGCGCGAGCGCAAGAGGACGCGAAACGCCGAUCGUAAGUCUUUGCGCAGGACUCUGAAAAACGGACUGUCGGAGGAAGAGAAGAAGCAUAUUGCGGCGUACAUAAAGGGCUACUGAUUAAAAUAUUAAAUAAUGUAAAAGAGGUUUUAAAAACUGUGAUAUCACUUUUAUGUAACACUGUAACGCGAUAAUAUUGUUAUUGUAACUGCGCGGGGGUGCCUGAAGCAGCGCUAACGAGAUUGAAUAGCCGACAAACAAACGACCGUUUCAACGGAAUAAGAAAAAAAAAUGAAAGAGAAGAAAUUCAAGUUUAAAGGAACAGGACUGAAGAAAAUAAGUUGAGAGGGACAAAGCGAACAACCGAGACUCUCGUUGACGUAACAACUUAACGUUUAUACUACUUAUAACUUCUACUGCUCGUACUCCCACUCGUCCUUGUCGCACUACUACUGCUGCUACAAUCCCUGCUAUUACUACUGCUGUCUACCGUAAACGUCACUAAAGAUUAUCACAAUUUAUCUUAUGAAUUAUUAUUAUUAUUAUUAUUAUUAUUUUGAUUAUUAUUUAAUAUCCAUUUUUUAUUUUAUUUUUUAUCAUGAUAUAAGCUUCUUAUAAUACGUCUUGUUCUUUUGGUAAAUUUAAUUUUAAUUGAUUUAAAAAGAAAUAAAUUUUUUUUUUUUUAGAAAAUUUUAUCAAAAUUAAACGUAAAAUAUGAGGCUUUUUAUCUAAUGCCAUAUGUAAUUUUAUUUUUAUUAAUUUAUAUGUAUGGGUUGUA